AUGAACCUUAGCUAUCAAAAAGGUAUACGAAUUGGCACAUGGAACAUCCGGACAUUGGCACAGGCAUCCCGUUUGGCACAACUAAGCAAAGAAAUGACACGCUGUAAAAUUAAGAUCCUAGGUCUCAGCGAAGUGCGGUGGAAGAACAGCGGGGACAUUACAACGUCAGACAAUCACUACAUGAUAUACUCGGGCAAUUCAACCACCCACAUUAAUGGAGUUGGAAUAGUUAUAUCCACUAAAAUUAAAAAAUCAUUAAUGGAGUGGAAUCCAGUCUCCGACCGAUUAAUAACCGCUCGUUUCCGAGCCAAAAAUCGCAAUAUAACAAUCAUUCAAUGCUAUGCACCAACGGAAAUAGCAGACGACAGCGAAAAAGAUCAUUUCUACAACCAACUGCAGUCCACAAUCGCCUCAGCGCACAAAAGAGACAUCAAACUUGUCAUGGGUGACUUUAACGGGAAAAUCGGCAAUAAUAAUAACAACCUCGAUGAAAUAAUGGGUCGCCAUGGACUUGGAAAAGCACGCAAUAACAACGACGAGCGAUUAAUUGAUCUUUGCAUGGCCAACCGACUUUUCAUCGGCAGCACGCGAUUCCCGCACAAGGACAUUCAUAAAUAUACCUGGCAAGCACCAGACGGAGUAACACGUAACCAGAUCGACCACGUGCUAAUUGACAAGAAACACCUGAAGUCUCUUCUAGAUGUUCGAACAAUGCGUAGUGCGGACAUGUAUAGCGACCAUAAGCUAGUCGUGAAUAAAGGCGAACGUCGGAACUUCUGUGAAACUGUAACAGCCAAAGUUAAUAAUAUCAGUCCUACAAUAAGUGCGAAGGAAAAAUGGGAAUUAGUGCAAAAAGCAUACGUAGAAUCCGCAAAUGAAGUCAUCGGGAUCAAAAACAGUACCCGUAAAAUGUGGAUCACGAAUGAAACCUGGGAUUUAAUCGAACAAAGAAAAACAUUAAAUCAACAACUAAACCAGAUCCGAAGUGAUGUAACCCUUGCAAGAUAUAACAACAUAGAAAAACAAAUCAAGAAAAUGGCAAGAAGAGAUCGUCGUAAAUUCGAAGAAAACAUCAUCAAUGACGCUGAAGUGGCGGCGGAACAAAAGGACAACAGCGAUGGCCAUAUUCUCACUACGGAACAACAACAACUUAAUCGAUGGGUAGAAUUCUUUAAACACGACGACCCAACAAUAGAUAACUGCGACAUAGACUAUACAACAUCAUCUCGUAUCAGCACAAAGUCACCAUCAGUUGCUGAAAUCAGAUUAGCAAUAAAGAAACUUAAGAACAACAAAGCCGCAGGUAGUGACGGCAUCGCACCGGAAUUACUUAAAACUGAUCCAUCAUUUGCGGCGAAAACACUUGCCUCCAUUAUAACAGAAGUAUGA